AUUAGCUUAUUAAUUUCUACAAACAAACCCACCAAGUCACCUUAGAUUCCUAUCUUUGAUUAUUCUGGAUUGUAGUACAUACAUACAUAUAUACAUACAUACAUACAUAUACAUAUAUCUAUAUAUAUAUAUAUAUAUAUAUAUAUAGCUACUUAAAUUUCUUAUGGCUUGAACUGGCAAUACCAAUGCAAACAAAUGCUUCAAUGUUCUAUGCAUCUAAAUGAUCUUUCCCAAUUCAGUGUCUGCUAGCUAGCUUCAUCUAUCAAUCAUUGAAUUGAGCUCGAUUGAAGAUACAGAGGAAGCCACUUCUAACAAGUUGGAAGUAAAAGAUGGAAUCGGAAAGUAGAUCACGGAGACUAAUACACACAGAUCAUGUGGCACUUGAAAUUGUACCAGAAGAUAAUCUUGUAUUCUCCAUCAAAGAAAAGAUCGAAAGAGUUGCCCUCACUCAUAGUAUUUGCAGGGUCCCGGAUAAACACUCUAACCAAUCUGAAGAUAAAUACGUCCCCAAAUUAGUCUCUAUCGGCCCUUUACACCACGGUGAAGAAGCUUCAAAGGCCAUGGAGGAUAACAAAUGGUGCUAUCUCAACACGCUCCUCAAUCGGAAACCAAAAGUGGAGGAAAGAUUGGACAUGGAGGAUAACAAAUGUGGCUAUCUCAACACGAGACUCCUCAAUCAGAAACCAAAUGUGGAGGCAAGCUUGGACAGUUGUGUGAAGGCUCUGAGAGAGUUGGAAAACAAAGCUAGGAAAUGCUAUGGGGAAAAAUUCGAGCUGGGAAGUGAUGAAUUUGUACAGAUGAUGUUAGUUGAUGGUUGUUUCAUCAUUGAAAUCUUGUUCAAGUACUCUAUCAAAGGGUUGAGGCGUAGAGAUGAUCCGUUUUUCAUCACGAAGGAGAGGUUUCUCCACGUGAGGAGUGACAUGCUACUGCUCGAAAACCAGAUCCCCUUCUUUAUCCUUCAGCGUCUCUUUAGCCUCGUCCCAAUUCCCAACCAAUGUACUCAGUCCCUCGUAGAGCUUGCCUUGCGUUUCUUCAAGAAAUUGAUUCCGGGAAAUGUUCCAAUUCUUCAAGGGAAAUUUAGCCAGGACUUCAACCAUUUACUUGACUUAGUCCUCCACUUUUACCUCCCAACAUAUGCAGAAGUGGAGUCAAUUAGUGGAGCAAAGCAAAGCUUGGCUAACGCGAAAAAGCUCCAAAAAGCAGGAAUUAGCUUCGAGAGGGCCAACAGAGAAAGCUUAUUGGACAUGAAAUUUUCCCAUGGAGUACUCAAAAUGCCCCCUCUGAAAGUAGACGAUUACACAGAAGUUGUUCUUAGGAACCUCAUUGCACUGGAGCAUUGUUACUGUGAUCGGAAAAAGUACAUCACAUCUUAUGCCGGUUUCGUGAAGAGCCUCAUCCAAUCCAAAGAAGACCUGAGAUUGCUGUACCAGACACGGAUUAUCGCCAAUAAGAAGAAGGAAUGGGAAGACAUUCUUAAUUUGUUCAAGAAGCUACACGGAGAAACGGAUGUGAAGGAGUACUACUACAAUGGUCUUUGUGAGCAAGUGAAUGGGCACGGCAAAAAAACCAGCUGGCAGGCUUGGCUCCAGAGUUUUCGCAAGACUCCUUUGGCAGUUGCAGGUCUCAUUCUUGGCAUUCUGUUCCUAAUUCUCACUUUCAUAGGGACUUUGUUUUCAGUCCUCUCAUUCACACACCAUUUUUAGGGAAGAUGGGGUAUCUUCUCUCACUGUUUUCCUAUCUGUGAUUGUUUUAUUGCUUCAUUGAAUUGAUCUUUGGUUGAUAAUUAGUAGUAAUGGUUUUCACUAUGAAGUUGAUCAUGUCAUGUUUUGAUAUUGUCAAUUAGUAUGUAACAGCUCAGUGAUGAUCAGGAAUAAAUUGUUUUUAUCACCAUCAACCAUAGUUUUGAGUUUGGUCAUUCAAGUAUUUUACACAAAUGUUUUUUCAGAGAGAAUUUAGGGGAGAGAGCUAAGAGUUGUAUCA